CUGAGGGGCAAAUAAGCCAGUAUGACUCCUAGAUGGCGCGGAGGUCGAUGCAUGUGAGAGUUUCGCUUCUUCAUUCUCGCUUCUAAUGUUUCAUAAUGUUUACUUCGUAACUUCGUCUGCUCCAGCACGCCUGUCGGCUUUGCAGUCUAUGGACUACAAAAUUUAGAAGGAUGGGGAAGGUUAUGUCUGCACUUGGCCGUAGAGUAACAAAACCAAUUAGAGACUUCAAUGUAGAGAGCAGAGCACACCGAGAAAUCACAAAGGAGAAGCGGCCAGUAGCACCAAGGCAUGAAUCCACAAGACUGAUCAUAGAGGAAUCCAUUAAAAAUCAGCCUGAGGAGGUGAAGAAGAGUCUUGAGAAGAAAGAUGAUAUCUUGCUGAAUAGACUGAAGCAGAUCUAUGUCACUUCAGAGGAUCCAAUGCUUACAAAGGAAAUCCCUGACAACCCAGAACGAUCACUACCGUCAGAUCGUUCAUUUGUAGCAGACCCUGAGUAUGGCUUUUAUGAACCAAAAGCAGUGCCAUAUGGGAAGAUAACUCUCAGAAAUGCACUACAUGCAAUAGGAAUGCACCAGCAAGAUCCUGAGCAAUGGACAGCAAAGAAAAUUGCUUAUGAAUAUAAAUUAGAUGAAGGACUGACAGAGAAGGUACUUAGGCACUUCCGCACAUUUGUUUUGAUAGUUCCGGAUGAUGCCAAAAAGAAGAGAAUUACUCCAGAGGUUUUAAGAUCUACUCCCUUAAUUGCACCACAUUCUAUUAAACAACUGCCUGCUAGUUCCAGUAAUGCAGCUGAGAAAGAUGAAAAGGCAAGUUGAUAGUCCAUAAAAUAUAAAAUUGUAGUUGCAGUAUGAAAAUAUAUCCUUUGUGGUUGUCAAGUAGGCCUUUAUGUGGCCUGAUGAUAAGAAAGUUUGCAGGGAUCCAAGUAUACAUAAUGGCAGGAUUUUAUUAACCCCUUACUGACGGGUAUGGCUAUAGCUGUCAUGACAUACUGAUGUAUGACAUGUAUACAUGUCAUGACUCACUCUAGUGAGUGAGCAGGUAGGCCGGCUGUACUGUACACAGCACACACCUUUCUAGAAAAGUUAGACUGUUGCGUAAUAAUUGUCACAGAAAAUUCUGGCCCCAUCAUGAUGGGGUUAAACUCUGAAAAGAGAGUUAAGGGAUUCAGGUACUAUAAUCUUUUUUAUUUUCUUAUUCUAUAGCAUUUUCUUUUAUUGUUCAUGGCCAUUUUAAUUAUCAAGUUUUGUAAGCUACUGUUUGUAUAUAAUUCUCAUAGGUUACCAUUUGAAAUACCCUGAUAACUCUCUUGACAUAUUUAUCUAAACAGAGAUUCAAGUUAAUAUCUGUCUUAAAAUUUUGUGUGACAAAUUUCAGUCUUAUUUGAAUUAUUAUCUCUAUGCCUGUAUAUAUAAAGUUUAUAAUAAAAUCUUUGAAAAAAU